AUGCUUGCUCUGAAAAAUACUCCGUCAUCGAAAGAGGAACUGAGUCCAGUGCCAGGGAGCGGUGAGGUGGAGGAGGCCAGUGAGGAUGUGCCCGAGAGGAUGGAAGUUGCCGCCGGUGAAGACACUCAAGAACUCUCCGAUAUCACCGACCAUGAGAACCGAUCAACCAGAAUUACGUCAUCAACCAGCCUUGUGAUUGCCACUUGGAUCAAGGUUAUCUCAUUUACAGCUGUUUUUCACUCCCUUCCUGUCCUCUUCUCGCCAACACAGAAAUCAUAUGAUUGA